AAUCCGACAAAAAAAACCCCCAAAAAAUGUCAACUACGUUGCUUGUAUGUACCUAUUCAUGUCCCAGAUUUGGCCUUUCGAUCAUUAAAUGACGCAGUUCAUUUUUGCAUUUGCUUCUCCUCUUCUCUAUGUAUAUAUAUAUAUAUAUAGAUAUCCCCUCUGUUAAUUGACAUUCUCCAACAACUGCAUUUAUUGGUUUCCCUGCGUGAUAAAGCCCAACAAGAUCAAAACCCGAAACAAAAAUGUUUUCAAGAGCAAUAGGUAUGCAGAUGCUCUGGCUUUGGAUAUAUAAUUUGAAGCUGAUCAUUCUAUAAUGUAGUAUAUUGAGAGUCCAAAUGGUGAGCUGAUUAAUUACAUAUGUUUUUUUUUCUGUUGGUUGGUUUGCAGUUCUGUCAUGGGCAGUUAUAUUAACAGAGUAUGCUCUGUGGACGCUGAUGAUCUAUUUAACCAAUGUCUGGAAGAUUACCUUCACUCAUGCUGCUGCCAUUCUCAAUGUCUAUCAUUCUGUCAUGGGUUUCCUUCCCUUUCUCUUGAAAUUCAUUGCUGAUACUCUGAUGGGCAACUUCUGGAUGCUCCUCUUUUCUUCUCUUUCCUUCUGCACGGGAAUGGGCUUUUUGUCAAUGUCAACACCACCUGUUCUUUCUAAGGUUACUGGAACCUGUGGAUCCUACGAGCCUGAAUGCAUUGGUGACACUCAGCGUGUUCUGUUUUACGCCGCAUUAGCAUUUAUAGCGGUUGGGUGUGCCGGGCAUGUUGUUUCUUUAGGGAGUUUCUUGACAGAGCAAAUGCUGGGCGCAAUUCAAAAUAUUGAGAAUAUAACAGCAAGAUCAAUCUUGGCAUCUGUCGGCAGCAUUUGGGUUACAGCAGCAGUCAGCUGUUUUGCGGUUCUUGGGCUUCCGUAUAUUAGGCCAUGGUCACUUCAUUUCGGGUUACCGGCGAUUUUUAUCGUGGUGGCGACACUGAUAUUCGUCAGCGGCGCUUCUAAAUACACCUACAUUCCGCCUCAGGGUAGUUACCUGACCAAGGUUUUUCGGGUGUUUGUGGCCUCGGCAUCCAAAUUAUUUCGCCGUCUUCCUGCAGAUCCUCAUGAGCUCCAUGGAAUGUCUGACUUGCAAAUCCCUCGCACUCGCUGCCUCAGGUGCCUGGACAAAGCUGCAAUAAUACUACCUGAUCAGCCCGCGGAAGAACAACGGAAGAAUAUAUGGAAGCUUUGCACAGUCACAGAAGUUGAGGCCACAAAACGGAUUAUUAUAAGAAUGAUUCAUCCCAAGUCCAUGUCCUUCAUCUUCAUUGGCAUAAUCGGCUCGCUCGGGUUCACAUUCUUCGUUGAGCAGGCAAAAACCAUGAACCACAAGCUCGGCAAACUAACCGUGCCACUUACAAUCUUUUGGUGGUUCCUUCACCAAGGAAGUGAUUAUUUCGGCAACGCAGAUACAGUAAUAUAUCAUUUACUUCGUAAGAUGGGUGUAAAAUCCAUUUCUCCAACAGUGGGAAUGAUACUCUCCAUGGUGUUGGGGAUCUUAGCUUGUGUGACAGCUGCCAAAGUGGAAUCCCGUAGACUUGAUGUGGUUAAAAGCCAUGGUUUGUUAGACCAGCCUGAUAUGACAGUCCCAAUGUCAGUAUUCUGGUUAUUGCCUCAGUUUAUCCUACUCGGUGGCGCAUCAGGCGUGUACGCAGCAAAUUCAGGCGGUGGUUCAAGAACGGUGAAUUUAGGAUAUAUAGGCAGCAUCGUGUUGGUGUAUGUAUUGGGAAAGGUAACAGGAAGAGGAGGAAAACUGAGUUGGUUUCAGGACGCUAUAAACCGCAGUCGGCUUGACAACUAUUACUGGUUCCUGGCUGGCUUAUGUGCCAUAAAUCUUGUGGUGUAUGCUGUACCGAGGUGCUCUUUUCACUGCUUCUGUACCAGUGAAGAGGUACGGGAACGAAAUGCACAAGCUCAGAAUGCUCCAGAGGAAAUUGAUGUUGAAUGCUGCUGUUUCACUUGGAAGGAAACACCCAAUGUAUAUGCAUUCCAGUGCUGCUGUAUUAGUUGCAGCCAGGAAUCAUACUGAUCCACAUUAUUACUCUCUAUUCAUGUGUGUAUACUUUUUUUUAAUCAAAAUUGUAGUAUCAUUUUUCUUUCGUUUGCUUAUACUAAAUGUUUUGAUGUAAUUUGAUUACUCUUCGGAGGAAGGAUUAAACGUAAUGUUCAAGAGAGCUUGUAUUGUACAUUCCCUUUUCUUAAAGAUCCUUUUUUGCCUACCCA